AUGUUGUACGUUGCAGUCUGUUGUGUUGACACUUACUUGCAGCUCGGAAUCGGCUCUGUCGGCACCCUAAUAGCACAUCAUCUACGGCUAGCCAACCCGAACGCCCCCAUCUCUCUCGUGUUCCGCAAUGCUGCAGCGUUCUCGAAGAAGAGAUUCCGAAAGGACGGCGUUGACAGGCCGACUCUCAAAGUCGCGCGUAUCGAGGGAGACACGGUCGUCACUGAGGGCUUUGACGUCGAUGUCGCAAUGUCGGGAAAGGUUCCAGCACUGGUGGAGGCCGCAGAGCAGGACGGCUUGGACUUUGUCAACGCCGCCGGGGGCCCGAUAGACUCGCUCAUCGUGUGUACCAAGACGCACUCGACAGCCAGCGCUAUAGAAGGCCUACACUCGCGCCUGAACCCGUCGUCGGUCAUCACACUCCUCCAGAACGGCAUGGGCGUGUACGACGAGCUCUGCGCCAAGUUCUGGCCGGAUCCCAUCACGCGACCCAACUUUGUGCUCGGUACAACAACGCACGGCAUUACUACCGCCGGUGAGACCGGCAGCGUCUCCCACAUGUCGCCGCCAGGACAAGGCGCGAUCAAGUGGGGAGUCGUGCCAGACCCCCGCAAACAGACCGACUUUGAGGCUUGGCUGUGGGGUCGUCCGGUGCGCGACAUGUCAUCUCUUACGCCGCCCGAGUCCCCCACCCUCCCAUUACGCGCGUCGCCCGAUGGCACCGAUACAGAGAACCUGCGGACAACACUCGAGGCGCUAUUGUCAGUGACGCCACUGUCACCGACCCUUCUCCCGAUGCCGGCACUGUACAACGAGCUGUUGAUCAAGUUGGCCGUCAACGCUGCGAUCAACCCAUUGACAGCCGUUCUUGGCGGAGGGUACCUUAACAAUGGAUCUCUACACCGCUCCGCUCCUGGUCAUCGCCUCGUGCAGCAGGUGACCAAGGAGACGAGUCAAGUGCUCAUGGCAUACAUGCACAGCCUGAAUUCGCCGCAUCCCGCGCCGGCAGACACGGUACGCCUGUUCUCGUACGAGAGCCUGUUGCACCGCGUGCAAGCGGUAGUGGCGGCGACCAGGGAAAACAUCUCGAGCAUGGCCAACGACGUCAAGAACGGCCGUAUGACCGAGAUUGACUAUAUCAACGGUUACCUCGCUAGCCUGGGGCACCGCCUCGGUGUAGCGACGCCAGUGAACCGCAUGCUGGUCCAGCAAGUCAAGUUCAAGGCCGAAGUCGGUGGCCUCGGUGGAACGGUGUACCCAGGUGUGCGGCAAGCGGUGCGUGCGCGCGAGGAGGAGGCGCUCGAGGUGCGUCGGCUAUCGCUCGAGGAACGCAGAGUGUCACUUCAAGAGCGUGCGAUGCUGCUCAAGGAAGAGCGGAGUGCCGAGACGAAGCGCUCCAAGCGCGAGUGGAAGCGGACGGUGCGGCGGAAUGCGGCCAUCGCCCGUAACCUUAGGGCAGCAGAAGUGGAGGCUGCCAUCAGGGCCGGAGCUGAUCCCAAGGAAGUGCUCCAUGCGUCGGAGGCAUCCGAAAGUGGCAGCGAGCGGACAUCGUCUGGCAGUAAGAGUAGUGACGAAGAGUCCAGGUCGUCAAGGCGAUAG